UAUUUCGAUGAGCCUCAAUGACUGGUUGAACAAUUCAUCUAAUGAAUUGCAAAUUAAAUAAAUCCAACAAUGCUGCGAGUACAAUUUCCACCUGGAACGAAACUGCUAACAAAGGAUCUAGAGGAAACUGAGUUGGAGAAGAGAUUGAGUGUGCUCUCCAAUAAUCUAAAAAUCUGGAAAUCUGCAGACCCCAUCAGAUACGAGGAGUAUAAACCCCUGGCAGAGCACCUGUCAAAAUCCGACCCAUUCCUUACUCAUCCGAACAAAUUUAUUCAACUCUCCGUGGCCCUCUGUCUCUCAGACAUCCUCCGGGGAUUUGCACCGACGUCCCCAUUCCCCCACAAACCCGACGUCCUCCUCCGGGUCCUAAACUUCCUAGCGAGCCACCUGGCGCCCCUGAAGGACCCAUCCUCCCCGUGGUAUUCGUCCUCCGAGUACAUCCUCGCAAACCUAACUCGGGCGAAUGCAUUUGCCCUCUGUUCAGAUUUCUCUGAGCUCCCAGCGACUCCCAAAAGCCUGCGGUCCUUCGUCAUCCUCCUCUUCGACAUAAUCAAUGCUAACCCCGCCGGAGACGUCCAUCGUUUGAUCAACAAACUCAUCACAAACCUCAUAAACUCCUCACAAGAGAUCGUUAAGCCCAUUCUUCCCGUUCUCUUCCUCCACCUGCUGAUCACUCAAGACUCCUACAAGAGCUCUCACAAUCUUUCAAGAAAGAUAUUAUCGACUUCCAAAGCGCUCCUGGCGCCACUUCUCUCCCAGGAUUUUGUGCAGAUCCUCAUCAGCUUCGGUACCGACGAUCUACUGCGACAAGUCAGCUCUAUAACCUCUGCAAUCUCGCGGUUUUUUCCAAAAAUCCUCGAGCACAUCCUCCCACAACUUGAAGCACUCUUAAACUCCGAAGACGACGCCAUGAAAUUGAGGGCAGUCAUCAUUCUCUCGAGUGUGCUUCAAGACAAGGACUCGAAUUUCUCGGGGUUUAGGAGCUUUUGGAAACUCUUUGUAUCGGCGUUCCUGGCACAACCUGAGGGGAUUAGAAUUAUUUGCAUUAAGGAAGCGAAGCCCUUCCUCCUGAGUGACUCAAUGCGCUCAGAAAUUAUUGAAAUCCUUACUCUAGUGCAGCGAGACUACUCGCUGCUGAUCAGAAAGCAGAUCAUCUCGACGAUAAUGUCCGCUGUCAAUGAAGACUUUAGUCUUCUGGAGGAUCAAGAACUCCUGAGCAUUAUUAAAGCGAGAAGUCUCGACAAGGAUUACGAGGUUCGUAAACACACUCUGAAGGAGCUGUCGAUAGGUUUUUUGUCCUCGAGGGUUACAGACAAUUCUCGAGACUCCGAUCUAUCGAACUCUGCCAUGAUCUCGAUAAUGAAUGAAGUUCUGCGUGGGUACUUUGUCAAGGACGAGAAGGAUCGAAUGUACGUGGAAAGAAUCUUCACGACUUGGUUCAGCAAAUUCCAGGAACAAGUCGAGGUAAGAGUGGCAUUGCUCUAUCACUUUUUCGAUCAGAUCGACAAAACCGCUCGCCGAGCAUUUGCAGAACUACAAAUUCACAGAUGGACCAUCAGAAAAUGCUUGACGAGGGUUUUUGAGUCGAGGGAAGAGUUGCGAGGGGAUCUUGAGCUAACGGUUGCUCGAAACCAUUUAAAAUCACUCUCGAAGUAUUUCGCGGAUACGAUCGAAGUUGAAACGAAUCUCUUAAAGUUCUUCGAGGACCUCAACGAUAAUCCUUCAUUGGCGGAAGAUAUGGAGCAAGUUUUGAUGCCAAAUGUCACCUGCUUGCAGUCGGAGGAGGCUAUAAACCGAAUCUUACGUAAUAUCGGAGAUCUAAACGAGACGGAUCCGUAUUACAAAACUGUGAAAAUCCUCCUGGAGCGCUCGAGCUCAGUACUAAUCGACGAAACAGCAAUCGAAGCCUUGAUCACCUGCCUCCACGAUGUUCUCCAUGAUGACGAAGCUGCCCUUAAAAUCGGUCUGAACCUCGAAACAGCGGUAGAGAACGGAUUCAAACUUCUCGAGAUCCUCUCUCUUGCUUUCUCUGCACAUUUCGCGAACCCUACGAUAUUUAAUACUCUUGCGACGUCUCUUCUGAGAGACAAGACUCCCUCCAUCACCGUGAGAGUCCUCAACAUCCUGACGAACGUGGGAAAAAUCAAGCAGCUCAAUAGAAUCUCAUCGACUUGGACAGCUCUCGUUGACACCUGCAAAAGCUUUUUGACCUCGGGGACUGUCGCGGAGGCGAAGGCCUCUGUAAGACUGAUCUCUGGGCUUUCAGGGGAACAGCCUGCGUUUAUCUUCCAGGAUGUCGUGGAAAAGUUGGAAGACAGUUUAGAUGGUAGAGGUUCCCGCGAGUGUACGACUUUGAUCGCCAGUUUGGGGUACAUUUCGUGGUUCUACGAGGAUUCCAAUGAGCAGAUUUAUUCAGCAAUGAAAAGCGUUUACGUACAAGUCCUAGGCCCUGACGAGUCUCACGCUUCUGACGAGUCUCAUCAAGCUGCUGAGACGAAGAAUUGGUCGGAGAAGGAGGAGUUGCCUCUGGAGACGAUCUGUCGAUUAGAAGCGAUGAAGUGUCUCACCAGGUGGGUGAUAUCGCGACAAGUUCACGAGUCCUGGAUACUCGAAAUUAUUCGAGUGCUGAUGCGUUUUGUAGCGAGUGAGGGGAACGCUAGGCGAUUGGGGGGUUUCAAAGCCGAUGAGAAGUCUUGGCUGAGGCUUCAGGCCGGUGCUUGUCUCCUCAAGCUCGCCAAGUUCGAGAGGACCGGGGACAAACUGAAAACCGAACACUUUUUUCGCCUCUCCGGGCUCAUGAUCGAUGAUGUUUAUGAAGUAAGGAAGCGGUUUCAGGAGAAAUUGGGGAGAGGAUUAACUCGAAAGUGUCCCAGGGAGUGUCUACCCAUUGAUUUCGUGGGAUUUUAUGCCCUCGCCGGGAUCGAGGGGGAUGAGACAUUGAAGGAGGGCCUAAGGACAGCAAUGAUCAGGCACUUUAAGAAGAGGGAGGAGAAUUUGGAGAAGUGCUGUAAGGUCAUCGGAGCCAUGAAUGCCCCGGUGGUUGACAGUAUCAGGCCAGAGUCUGGGAUUAUUUAUGCUGUCGUAAUACUGGCCAACUGGAGGAAGGAAAGGACUGGCAGUGAUAAACACCUAAUGGGCACAAUAAGGGGCCUAGAAUUUGUCCUGGAGUACUGGCUUGAGAAGACGGGGGAGCAGAGGGAGAAAAUGAUCAGCUUCUUCAGACAAUUGUUUAAGAGACUGCGAAUGUGCAGGGAUGCAAAAAAACCUGAUGAUGAGGGAAUGGCCGCUAGGAUCCAAACAGUUUGUGAUGUUGCUGUCUAUUGUCUCGGAAAUUUCGACGAGGACAGAACUGGCUUUGGUGAAGAGGUGGGUGAUGUAGCCCAGCUAGAAAUCCCCACGAGGUAUCUGCAGUUUGAUGAGGAAUUGUUGAAAAAUCCAGAAGAUACAUUUUCAAGGGAUGUUCUUAUGGAGAGGCUGAGGGUCAUUGAUACGAAGAAGAAAAAUAAGCAGCGAAGAAUGAAGAAGAAAAAUGACUCACAUUCGCUCAUCGAAAGAAUUUUUGGAGUGAGAAAGGGAAUGAAGAGGAAAUCAAGGGACGCAAUUUAAAGAGAUAUUCUCAAGAUGAGUAGCCUUCUUCGCUUAAUUUCCAGCUGCAGAAAUCUACAGAGAAGAAGAAACUUCGUUCCUUAGAUAAUUUUAUAAUUGUUCGUUAAUAAUCGUUCUUCUUCAAAAAUA